AUGUCUAUAGUUUGCUUCAGAACCUCAAGAAACUUGUCGUUCUGGUCCAGAUUCUGGAUCUUGAAAUUCAGCUCGUCAUCCGCAAUCUCACACUCUGGAUCGCACUCGGCGACGAAAUCCAACAGAACUUUCAACGUUUCCAGAUACGAGUUGUAUAUCUCGGCAAUCUUGGGGUUCAACACCACAAUGUACGGCAAUUUCAUAAACUCGGAUAGUCUCUUGGUCACCAAGACAAACAUGUCGCUCAACGUAUCGUUAGCGUUCUCUAUCAACAUCAACGGCUUGUCUUUAUGUGAAGCAACAAAGCUGAACCGAAGCAGAUCGUCCAAAGAAACCGUUGGCAGAGGUCUGGAGGCCUCCUUCUUGAUAAACCGUUCAAGAGCCGUUCUUAAUUGA